AUGGUUCCGAUAGAUGAUAAGUCAAUUGGAAGAGGUUAUUCGCUUAAGGAAGAAUUUUUAGUCAAUGAUAACUAAAUUUUUCAGGUUAAAUAAAAAGUACAAAGACUACUUGAUGAGGGUAAAAAGAUAAACUUGGUAGGUAAAUUCACUCAAGAUGAUAUCAUAAAUAUCAUUAAACAGCUGCUUCACACUGCCAAAUAGCUAUAUGGACAUCUCAAGGGUACCAAAAAGCUUUAAAUUCUUUUGACUGGAGGCUCAGGAGACUUUACCAUUUUACUCAAUGCUGAGCCAAGACCUCAAGUCAUUCCAGAAAUGUCAAUAACUUAAUCAUAUUAUUAGUCACUUGAUCUCAACGUCAAAUCAAACAAUUAUUUGGUCAGAACAUACAUGGCUUCUGAGUCAAGAUCAAGAGGGGGCUAUAUUGCGAUAGAGCAAGAUAAAGAGGGAUACUUACUUGAAGGUAGUAUGGCAACUGUAGCUGUGCUACUUAAGAAUGGGGACUUCAUUAUACCUCCAUUUGAGCGUAUUUUAUCAGGGACCACAGCAAUAAAGAUUAUGGAUUUCUUAGAAAAAGAAGUUAUUCCAAAUAGCGAUAGAUAUUUCGAUGGAAACGAAAAUUACAUUAAGAAAAUUGUAAGAAGAGAGAUACUAGUUCAGGAAUGCAAAGAUUAAGGAGUAGAAGCAAUGUUUUUAGGAGGAGAAGAAUGCGUUCCUCUGUUAGAAUGGGAUGGCCACAUUCUUGGAGAGGAAAAGGGGCCUGCAGCAACACUAUUUUAGGAGUAUUUAAGAUCAUUCUUGCAAAAAGAAGAAUUAGAAUUAGAUGAGGGGCGUAGAAUUCUAGUUGACUAUGACAAUUAUUAAAUCUGA